AUGUAUUACUGUGACGUGGAAGACCAAGAAUUAAUCCAAAACAAAAACAUCGAGUCAUGUAUGUUAAAUACAAAUGUUAAAAAUCAGCUUAACAGUAAUGACUUGGACACAAGAACUGAUAAUACAACGACUGAAACCAAAAGAAAACCCUUUAAAAUUCCUGACCACAUAUCUUCUAUUGAAUGUGAUGGAAGUGUUAAAUAUACUUGUACUGUUUGCGAAAAAACUUUUAAUUCAAAAAAGAAUUGCUUUUAUCAUUUAACAUGCAAUGGAGAUGGAAUAAAAAAACCAUUAAUAUGUUAUAAAUGUAAUAAAACAUUUAAAAUUCAAUCACAUUUAGAUUAUCAUAUGUUAACACAUUCAGGGGAAAGACCAUUUAAAUGUGUAGAUUGUGAUAAAUGUUUUUUCACUAAAUCUAAAAUGAUUGAACAUAAAAUAGUACAUACAGUGCGUUCUCAUUUUUGUGCAACGUGUGCAAAAGGUUUUAAAAGAAAGCGAUCAUUGGAAGUUCAUAUGAAAUCUCAUGCUCUAGAAAAACCAUUUCAAUGUGCAACAUGUUUAAAAUUUUUCAAAAAUAAGCAAUGCCUAAAAAAACACCACAUUAGGAAACAUUCUGGAACUAAAGCAUUUUCAUGUGACACCUGUAAACGAAAAUUUAGUUUGAAAGAUGCAUUGGUUUCACAUCAAAAGACUCAUAUAUUUUCAACUCAACUAGCUUGUUAUUUAUGUAAUCAACGAUUUAGAGAAAAGCGUUAUUUACAAAGACAUCUUGGAACUCAUAGUAAAAAAAACAUUUUGAACUGUCCAAUAUGUAUGAAGAAGUUCACACGUAAAGAUAAUUUGGACCGCCAUGUAAGAAACACGCAUUUGGAAUCUGAGAACAUUAGUAUAAAUGAUCAUGUUAUCCGUGCUUCUGUUAUAAAAGUUGUCAACAAGAUUGAAUCCUGUCCUGUUAGAGUAAUUCAACAUACUUAA